GGAAUCUCCAUUCGCCACAGACAGGGUGGCCAUGAGGGUCAGUGGUCAUAGAGCAGGUGCUCAAGUCUUGUUUUGUUUCCAGGCCCACAACUGCAGCAUUUCUGAGCAUGAAUAUGACUGUCACAGCCUGGGAGAACAAUCUCACAACAACCUAUGGAAGUGAUCCGGACUUUUAUCAACAUUUUACAAAGGACAAAAUCUUGCAAAUACUGACAGCCAUCCUGGCCCUGGUGGGGCUGGCAGGGAAUGCGGUGGUGCUCUGGCUCCUGGGCUUCCGCAUGCGCAGGAAUGCCUUCUCUGUCUACAUCCUCAACCUGGCAGGGGCCGACUUCCUCUACCUCUGCUGCUAUAUUAUAUAUUUGUUAGUUUCAAUUUUCAACUUCUAUUUCGCCAGGGAAGUAAUUAGGAGAUUUGUCUCAAUUGUGGCAAUGUUUGCCUACGUCUCAGGCUUGAGUAUUCUCAGCGCCAUCAGCACGGAGCGCUGCAUGUCUGUCUUGUGGCCCAUCUGGUACCGCUGCCGCCGCCCCACUCACAUGUCUUCUAUCAUGUGUGCCCUGCUCUGGGCCCUGUCCCUGCUGCUGAGCAUGCUGGAAGGGAACUACUGUGGCUUCCUGAAUUGGGGAGUGCAUCAUGUUUGGUGUCAAGUGUUGGAUUACAUCACUGUGGCAUGGCUGAUUUUGUUAUUUGUGCUUCUCUCUGGGUCCAGCCUGGCCCUGAUGACCAGACUGUUGUGUGGCUCCCAACGGGUGCUGCCCACCAGGCUCUACAUGACCAUCAUGAUCACGGUACUGGUCUUCCUACUCUGUGGCCUGCCCUAUGGCAUCUACUGGUUCCUCAUAUUCCGGAUUUCAAAUGUAUAUCUUUCCUUCUUCCACCUUUCCAAGACUGCAGAGAUUCUGUCCUGUGUCAACAGCUGUGCCAACCCCAUCAUUUACUUCUUUGUGGGCUCUUUCAGGCAGCGAUGGCGGAAGCAGAGACACACUCUGAGGCUGGUUCUCCAGAGGGCUCUUCAGGAUACUCCUGAAGUGGAUGAACUUGGAGAAAGCCUUCCUGGGGAAACCCUAUACAUGUCAGGAACCAGACUGAGGCAGUGAUGAAGAGCCUCUGUCCUGAUCUGUCUGAAGUAACUUUGAGACUCACUGCUGCCCUGCCAGGCUUGGAAAGUAUCUAGUCUUCUCUCAGCCUCAGCCUCAGAAUGCUUCAGUGAUUCCCCAAUCUCUUCAAAUAGGUUGUUUUUUAUCAAGUCUUUCAAGGUUUUCUUAGAGAAAGCAUUAGUCCCAACAUUAUACCUCUCCAUAGUUCUUGACAUUACUAAUAAAUUUCUCAUGAGAUCUGAAUUUCUUUAUUGAGUGCUUUUUCUUUACAAUCUUCAUUGCAA